UGAAAAACCGGGAUUUUUUCCAGUCUCAGCGGACGCUGAUGCAGCCCGAGAGGAAGGGCGCCCCAGACAGCUUGGAUUUCUUAAUUGGUAAGAGGGCCUUCCCCAAGCUGGAGGAGAAGGUAGGGCAGCUGGAAAGGGCGUGCCGGAUGAAAACCAGGCUGAAGGCCGGCUCGGAGAUGAACCUGCUAGCCAUCGGCAAGUCUCUGAAGGGCCACAUAGCCACCGCCACCAGCUCAGCAGGCUCCGAGGGUUCCUUCCUAACACCUCUGCUGAAACGCACCACCUCCACCAAGAGCGCCCUGAGGCGAGCGCCCUCCGUGGUCAUCAUUGAAAAGGGGAAGGUUCUGCAGAAGAGAAAGGAAUGGGAGAUGAAGUCUGCCAUGUAAUCAGCCCCUUCCACCCGCUGAGCGUUCCCAAAGGCAGGAGACAUUGCACUGUACAUAUACAUAUCAGACCGUGCGUCUAUAUAUAUACCGUUAACGCUGCAUGUGGAUCAUGCAGAAUAAACUCUGAAUCUCUCCUUUUUUUUACCAUAGUUAUCAAUGUUACAAUAACUCUUUUUUUUUUUUAUUUUUAUUUUUAAACUGACUGGAUUUUUAUAGGUUGUCUGCAAUGGCACUGAAAUGGGGAAAGAGGGACCGGGCUGGGUGGGGGAGGGCUCGCCCCAGCAUUACCGGGUCCGGACUCUUCACAGCAGCAUAUCCAUCUGGUACCAUUUUCCAGGGAGCGAUUCCAAAGUGGCUUGCAAGCUCAUUAGCCACCAGCACUCUCCUCCUUGCAGUUGAUGUGACAGAGGUGGAGCCGAGAUGGCUUCUUUGUUUUUAUUUACGGAACCUUCCUGCAGCUUCAAAUUGCAUAGGCUGGUGCUUCAGAAGACAGUUCUCUUGAAUGCCUCCUGACACACGAGAUGAAAGAUGAGAGCAAACGUGAACAACAGCUUCCCAUGGUGUUAGACCCUAAAGAAAGUGGAGAUACAAAGAGGAUGCUCUGGGCUACCUAGCCAGGUGUUCUUGAGUCCUUUGAAGUCUUUCAUGGAUCUCCUCCACUCCUCUUCCUAGCAAACACCUUUCUCCAUAGAGAUGUCAGCCCUACUUUUGGUUUCCAGAUAGACACAGAUGUUUUACGGUGCAGGGAUGGAAUGAUGCAGCUCUUUGAUAACAUUACAUGCAUUGUGCAGCUGGGCAUGUCUGAAAUCAGAAGAAGAGUGCUUCUAACUGGGUACGCUGGCCAUACACCCAGGAGUCUAAACGGGAGGAGGAGGCUGCCAGGAGGUGUGCAUGCUACCCUGCUGCGCUGCCUCUGGCCAGCUGUUCUUGGGAGCCCGCAUGCUGGAACUGAAAGGGAAGGAACAUGAGCGGGGACCGAGAAGUGUGGGAGCUGCUUUUAAAGUGGUCACAGGCUCUGCUAAGAGGAGACAACAAUUUCUGUAGCCAUUUAGAGAUGGGCAGUUCACUUCUUUUUGAAACAUCAGAGUCCAAUGAGCUGUGGAACGACUGUAGGUGCCCACUGUGGUUUAGUGGAUCGAGCACAGGCAGGGAGUCAAGACGGCUGGGUUUUGCCCUUGGGCAAGUCUCUUCCCCUCUGUGUCCCUCAGCUUCUCCCUCAGUCAAACAGGCCUAAUGACACUGACCCACCUUCAUAAAGCAAUCUGAGAUCUGCUGCCAUCAGCACCAGAGCAAGGGCAAAGUCUGGUUAGUAACUCUCUCCCAAGCCUGAAAGCUCAGAUGCCCAGUGAAUAUUUAAGGCUGAGACAUGGACACAACUUUCAUUACAGCAAGCGGCAUGAGAGUAACUGCAUUGAGAAUAGUGUAAACACAGGAGCGUUGAUUGUAUUUAUCUUUAUAGGGACUCAGUCAGCUUCAAGGUAAUAUGUUGUGAAUAAACUAGUGUCUUGUGUUACAAAUAACACCUUAGGCGAUGAAAAGAAUUUUUCAAAAUAUAGAGAACAUAUUGUUAUUUAUGUUCUUCGGCCAAGACUUGGACAACGGAAAUCAAUUUCUCGUCACUUUCAUUGUCUGGUUCUGAUCUGCAAUCAGAGCUGCCUUCCCCUGGGCCUGCCGAGAGCCAUAUUGACGUCAACAAGGCUGCAGUUGGCCCAGUGUGACAGCCACCCCAACACACCUGGGAUUGAAACAGAUGACACCUCCAGAGCUAAAAGCCUGAGUCACUCCAGCUGGGCUAUUAGAGAUUCCCAUCCUCAGUGGAGCACAGAGAGGAACUCAUACCACACAGUGCCCAGUGGGUUUCAUAAGGGCUUGCUCAUGCAGAAUCAGUAACUUACAGGAUCCGGGUAUAAGAACCUGACCGUAAUCUAAAGCAAAACAGACUUUGUUGAUUUCCAUUGCAUGGUGCUGCAAUGUUUAGGUUGCAAACACUGCAGGGGAACUGUUAUUUGUUUAAAAGCAACUGUUUGCAUCAGAUUUUGUUUUGUAAUUGU